GCCCGAAGCACGGGCUAUUGCGCUUUUUGCCUCGGAAGCGCGCCAGGUAGAUUCUGGAUGGUUGACGCCUCCUCCACCUAGACUUGGCGCAUCGUUCCUUCUGACCUCCUCGAUGCUAUUCUACCUUGGACUACUUUGCAUUGUAUUAGCGAUUACUACAGCCACUGCCCAUCAGCAUUUCCCUCAACUUUCCUUCGACGACAACAACCACCUCCGUAUCUGUAACGCACCGCUCUCUCCCUUCUCUGAAAUCAUGGCCGUGCGCAACCUCCUGAUCGCUGGCCGCACCCACAUCAUCGGCGACGCUGUGGCUCGCAACGUAGGUCCCAACUGGCAAUCUGUGGGCUUCAUCGGCUCGGUGGAGGAAGCGCUGACGAAGAUUCCUGAGAUCACUCGCUCAAAGGAAGUCUACGCCAUUGCCUUUGGCGGUGGAUACGACGAUGCCGCCUUUGGUCAGAUCUGGGAUGCAGCCAAGCGGGAAGACUGGCCCUCGAUGAGUUGGCUACGCCCUGAUCCGGCCAAGCUGAGCAAGACGCCCGGAUUCAACAACGACGAGGAGAGGAUGAAAUACGGUGCUGGAGUGGGAGAGAGGGUGGUGGACGUGCUGGCAGGACUGGAAAAGGAAGGGAAGCUGGGCAAGAUGGACGUGACGCUGUACUAAGGCACAGGGUCACCAAGAGGGUCGGCACAGUGUCAUAACCUUCGUUGAGUCCCGGACAUGGCUGUUCCACUGCUCCCUACAAUCCCAGACGUUUUGCUUUGUCCGGCCCUUUGCACGGCUCUUUGCAAUCUCGUCUGCUUCCAUUGUCCUGGAAGAAGAGGUGAUGGUGAGGGCGGAUGUCGUCUUCUUCCUGCCUCGGGCCCGGCGCUGCGUGGCUCUGUGCCUUGGCUUGCGCGUGACCCGGCCCUGCGAGAUUAUGCGCCCAGGCGGCAAAGUCGCCGAAG